UCUACAUCUCGCGAGAGUAGUGGGCGGGAUUACAGGCCGUGUCACCUGAAGCGCCAGACUGUACGAGACUGGAGACACCGGGGGAGAAGAGUUCCAGCGUGUCAGUGAGGAUGUCUUCUAGCGAAGAGGGUUAUGUGGUCAGGAUCAGAGGGCUUCCAUGGUCUUGCACCCAGGAGGAGGUGGCCAGUUUCUUCUCUGACUGUGACAUCAUAGGGAAAGUCAAUGGAGUGUGUUUCACCUACUCCAAAGAAGGCCGCCCCAGCGGAGAGGCAUUUAUUGAGCUAAAAACAUCAGAAGAUUUCAAGAAUGCUCUUUCUAAAGAUCGGAAAUACAUGGGACAUCGAUACAUUGAGGUAUUCAAGUCAAACCGUAGCGAGAUGGACUGGGUGCUGAAGCGUAGCGGUCCUGCUGACUAUGACAGCUCCAGUGGCUGCAUGCUGAGACUCCGAGGCCUGCCCUUUGGCUGCAGCAAGGAAGAAAUAGUUCAAUUCUUUUCAGGGUUGAGAAUCGUGCCAAAUGGGAUUACUCUGCCAGUGGACUACCAGGGGAGGAGCACAGGGGAAGCCUUCGUGCAGUUUGCCUCAAAGGAGAUAGCAGAAAAGGCUCGGGGGAAACACAAGGAAAGAAUAGGGCACAGGUAUAUAGAGAUCUUUAAGAGUAGUCGUGUUGAGAUCCGAUCCUACUACGAUGAGCCCCGGCGGGGCAUGGGGGCCCAGAGACCUGGUCCCUAUGACAGACCCACGAUGGAGGGCUCCAGGGGUGGUGGAUAUUUUAGCUCCGGGCCCGGUCGUGGUGGCUCUCUGGUGGACAACAUGAGGGGUGGAGGCGGCUAUGGAGGUUAUGGCCAUAGCUUCGAUGGCUACAAUGGAUUAAACAGCUACGGCUUUGGAAACUGCAUGUUUGACGAGCGAGUGAGAGAAGAGCGAGGAUCAAGAGGCCACAGUUACAGUCGUCAGGUGGAUGGAGGCUCAGCUUUCCAUGGUGGCCAUUUUGUCCAUAUGAGGGGUUUGCCUUUCCGGGCCAAUGAUGGAGACGUUGCUAAAUUCUUCUCGCCUUUAAACCCACUGAGGGUCCACAUUGACGUCGCUCCAAACGGCAAGUUGACAGGAGAGGCGGAUGUCGAGUUCCGCUCCCACGAGGAUGCAGUUGCCGCCAUGUCCAAAGACAAGAACCACAUGCAGCACCGCUAUAUCGAGUUAUUUCUCAACUCAACAGCCAGUGGAGCCGAAAUGAGUCGUGGUAGUUACUAUGGUAACUCAGGCGGAGGCUCACGAAGCAGUGGGUUGCGAGGCUCAUACUGAUGAUGUCAUCAUCCCCUCUUUGUUCCUUCUGCCCCCACCCCCCACAGGGCAGCCCACCAAAAUGUUUUCCCCAACAGGAGAGCUGAUCUAACAUUUAUCCUUUCACCUCCAAUACUGAAACAGUUGCACUUUUUUUUGUAAGAUUUAUACCUUGUUACAGUCACAAGACUGAAUGAGAUGAAGAUAGAUAUGUUUAUGGUAUGGUUUUAUAGGAAUCUUCUUUUUCCAUAUGUGGGAGGGGGUGGAGUAAACCCCACACAAACCAAAUUAUAUUAAUUUAAUGCUGUCAGGACCAGCCACUGUCACCUUGGAUCACAGCUCUUGCUGUAUAAUCCUUAUGUUUUAUUUUCUUUAACUCUUGAAACAAAAAGUGUGAGCCUUUGUUAGGCUGCCCUGUUACAUGGAUUCCAGAUUUUAUUUGCUCCUGAGAUUUAACAUGUGAGCUGUUUUUUUUUUAAAAAUCUUUUUCCAGUUGUUGACAGACUUAAGUUGAUUAUUGUCAUCUGAUCUCCAAGAGUGAAAGUCUAUAUUACAACUGCAAAAGAUUCCUUGCAGCUGUUGUACAUUUUGCCUAAUAAAUUUUAUAUUUAAUGAUCCUUAUGUUUCUUGUGGCAUGUACAAUUUGAAUCCAUCGUAGGAUGAGAGCAUGACGACUUUGUUUGUUUCAAUUUAAUCAACCGUAAAAGCAGCGUACUGUUGUCAAUACUUAACAAUGUGGUGAUUAAAGAUUAACAUCCACUUUGAUUAACAAAAUAAGCACUAAAACACGGUCCAAAUCCCAUUGAGAAUUGGGACUCACUGAGAAACACUAUAUAAAAUGAGGCCUGGGUGUAAUUCAGAAUCAUUAGAUAAUACCUAUGAUCAGACUUUAUCCACAAAACUGUAUCCACAAUAAUAAGUUGUCAACAUUGUACAACAGCAAAAUGUGCAGAUGAGCAUGUAGACCUGAAAGUGAACAGAGGACUAAUCAAAACAACAAAAAAACAAAAGCUGCUAUAUGGCAAAAUGUCCAGGUCAUCAUGUCAUUAACAUGGAUUUGUUUCAACAACUUCCAGUCUGUCAAUGAAAAAAAUAGAGAUAUUUGCAACAUGUGGUGGUCUUACUGGUCAUUGAAGCAGCAUUCACUGCAUUCAGGCCUCAAACAUACUAGGACUUCUCGACCAACGACCAUUGCUGAUACUCAUAUUGUACCCCAAAGAGAAAUACAUGGCUCAUUUUGGCACCAUGAGAUGAGUACACAAGCUCAAGUGGCACCAACACUGUUCAUUGAAGGAAUCGUUUGACAGCAGCAAACUUUGUGUACUUUUAGUUGCUUAUUUUAGUUUCAUGUCAAUAUGCUCAAUUCAGUUCACAAUAUGUUGCUUCUCAACUUUUGUCAAGCACAGGCACAAGGUGGCACACUUUGAUCUGACAUUAUGUAGUCAUAUUAGAAAAUAGUGCCUGCUGAGAGUUACUGUGAAGUCGUCAUGUUCAAUCAGGCAUUCAUAGAACUAUCAUGGGGCAAGUCCAUCAGCCCCCUCAAUUGUGAAAGCACAAUACUUUCACAUUCAGCAACAGACAAUGUUGUGACAAUUUAAAGGAUCAAGCCAGACUACUAGAACUGUAUUUCAUUGUUCAAUCUUGUAGAUUUUCUCAUGCACUCUUACUACUUGUCAAUACAUGCCCAAUGUGAGUGUAGUUCCGGGUGAAUUACAGUUAGACAAUAAAUGUGUAAAAAGCAAUUUUCAGUAUUUCCUCAUAUAGUAGCCAAGAGG